UCAUAAUCGAGGCAUUCCAGCCAGUUCUUCUAGAUAAAAAGCUCUCAUGGCUCUCUAUGCUGUGCCUCUGUGGCUUCCUCUCAUUUUACUUCUGCCUCUACUGCUUUUGUUUAUGAAAAGGAUGAAAGAUGCGGGACAAAGUGAGCAGCUUCUUCCUCCAGGCCCUCCUAAGCUUCCAAUUUUAGGCAAUUUGCACCAGCUUAGUUCACUGCCUCACCAAUCUAUGUUGCAUCUCUCCAAGAAAUAUGGCCCUGUCAUGCUCCUUCGACUUGGUCAAAUACCAACUGUUGUAAUCUCCUCCGCUGAGGCAGCAAGGGAGGUGUUAAAAGUUCAUGAUCUUGCCUUUUGCAGUAGACCUUUGUUAUCUGGCGCUGGCAGACUCACGUACAAUUAUCUAGACAUUGCAUUUUCACCAUAUAGCGACCACUGGAGAAACAUGAGAAAAAUUACUACUUUGGAGCUCUUUAGCUUGAAAAGGGUGCAAUCUUUCCGAUUCAUUAGGGAAGAGGAAGUUGGCUUUCUGGUCAAUUCUCUCUCCGAGUCAUCAGCUCUAGCAGCACCAGUUGAUAUUACUCAGAAGGUAUAUGCUCUGGUUGCGAAUAUAACAUUCAGGGUGGCUUAUGGGUUCGAUUAUCGAGGCACUAGCUUUGAUCGAGAUAGAUUCCAUGAAGUGGUUCAUGACACCGAGGUUGUGGGGGGAAGCAUCUCAGCAGAUGAAUACAUCCCAUAUCUAGGAUGGAUUGUAGACUGGCUUACUGGUCACCGUGCAAGGAUGGAAAGAGUUUUCCACGAGUUAGAUACUUUCUUCCAGCAUGUAAUUGAUAAUCAUCUUAAACCUGGAAGGAUAAAGGAUCAGGAUGUCAUGAUAGAUGUUCUGCUGAGAAUAGAGAAGGAACAAAAUGAACUGGGUGCAUCUCAGUUUACGAGGGAUAAUAUUAAGGCAAUCCUCCUGAAUUUAUUUUUGGGCGGAGUAGACACUAGUUCACUUACGGUGAAUUGGGCAAUGGCAGAACUUGUCAGGAAUCCAAGAGUGAUGAAGAAAGUGCAGGAUGAAGUGAGGAAAUGUGUUGGAAAGAAAGGAAGAGUUACUGAAGGGGAUGUCGAUCAACUUGAGUAUCUCAGGAUGGUAAUAAAAGAAACUCUGAGACUGCACCCUCCUGCCCCUCUACUUCUCCCAAGAGAAGCCAGGUCUCACUGUAUAGUCAGUGGCUACAAUAUCUAUCCGAAGACGCUGGUCCAUGUUAAUGUCUGGGCAAUUGGACGUGACCCCAAGUACUGGAGGGAUCCUGAAGAGUUUUUUCCUGAAAGAUUUCUGGACAGCUCCUGCGACUUCAAUGGACAAAGUUUUGAGUAUUUGCCAUUUGGAUCUGGUCGAAGAAUUUGUCCUGGAAUUCAUAUGGGAUCUAUAACAGUAGAGAUUAUACUUUCAAAUCUCUUGCAUUGUUUUGAUUGGAUUUUGCCCCAUGGGAUGCAGAAGGAAGAUAUCAACAUGGAAGAGAAAGCUGGUGUUAGCCUUGCUCCCUCUAAGAAGACACCUGUAAUCCUCGUACCUGUCAACUACCUUCAGUGACUAUCAGAAGAUUUCAUAAGCUCAUAAGCAUUCAAAUAGUUGUAUGCACUAAAGAAUGUAUGAUCUGUGCCUCUUUUUUUUUGCAUGUGUGUUCAAAAUAAAGAACAGGGUCGAGCAGGAAAGACCUCUUUCGGGGUGGA